AGCCGUGUGGCUCAAGACGCCGCACGGCAUGCCACCUCUCACAGUGGAGUUCAUCAAGCAUGCCACUGGUGAGUUUGAUGAGGAAAGCGUCUUCCAGGCCAUCCUAAGCAAUCGCUCGAUCACCAGAAUUGAGCAGCUUAACAAAUGCUGUAACCUGCGAUGGCUGGACCUCUCGAAGAACCAAAUCGUACGAAUGGAGAACUUGGAUGGUUUAAGCCAGCUGGUCUCAGUGGACCUGUCCUCCAACAGGAUUGUCAAGGUCACUGACUUGGGUGCAACACCAAAGCUGGAACGGCUGAUGCUGAAGGCCAAUCCCAUCUCCAAGCUACAAGACUUGGAAGGUCUGAAGUCAGGAUCAGCUUUGCGGCACCUGGCCUUCCAAAACGUGGACAAAUCAGAGUCUUGUCCAGUUUGCUCUGUGCCAGAGUACCAGCGACUCGUGCGGCAGCAUUGCCCAAAUCUGGUGGCUUUAGACAGCAAGCGCUUUCGACUGCCAGACUUGGACCGAGAGAUCAAGCGCUUGGAUGAGCAGACUGCCGUGGAGGUCCCUGACCCACAGUCAUGGUUUUCUCCAGAAGACCUGGACUUGGGAGAUUUGCAGAGCCCGGAGGCCCUGGACGAUGCAUUGAAGGAUCAUGUUCAGGAAUUUGAGGCUGCGAUGGCCGAAUGCAAGCAAGUCUUCAGAGAGGCAGAAGAGCUGCUUCAAUUACAGGCUAGCUGAGGCCGAGGCGUUGUUGACAAUGCCUUGACCUUGUGGCCGUGCAAAGUACAGACCAGAAUAGUGCGAACCGGGGUUGGCGGGUCAUUGAGAUGUAUUUUUGUUGAUUCAUUUGUGUGUGUGUGUAUUCAGCAUGCAACAGCAACAGAGUUUGUUGUUGUCUUGUAGCAGUGGCAAGGCAAAUUUGUUCAGACACAUCGCCUUGCAGUUGCAGCAGCUGGCUUGCAGCAUUAACAUGAUUGAAAGCUCGUG